AUGGCUGUGCUGCAGACUUUAUUGUCGAGUACUGUGACUAACCUGAUUCUUUCUGGAGCAGCAGCUGGUGUGAUAAUUCACCAGAUCCUUAGACGAGUGUUUAUCGACCUGUACCCCCUCACAACGGUUACUAUUGUCAUCGGUACACACUGGGUGCUUUUGAGUGCUAUUCACCGCUAUGGCGAGUACAAUCUAUGGGAGGCUAAUCAACGUGCCUUCAGUCUCGUAUGCUCCACAUUAGCCUCCCUUGCUACCAAUAUACUCGUUUACCGCGCCUUUUUCCACCGGCUUAGAAACUUUCCUGGUCCUUUCGGUGCCAGGCUAUCGAAAUUCUGGGCCGUAUGGCAGACAAUCAAGUCAAAAGCCCGGUAUUACCAAGUGACUCAGAGACUACACCAAGAGUAUGGGGACUACGUUAGAACAGCUGACCCCGCUGCAAUUCAACUCGUUCACGGACUGAAAGCUACUGUUAAGAAGGGUCCUUUCUAUGCCCAACUAACAGACUCGGUUCACACGACGGACGACCCAAUCUUUCACAAGGAGAGGCGUAAGAUUUGGGACUUUGCCAUGAAAGAAUCACUGGUCGACUACGGCCCUAUUGUCGAAGAAUUUACCACUGUUUUACACGCACAAAUAGACAAAUCUCUGGGACAGCCCGUGUCAGCAAAUGCACUAACUAAACACUACAGCUACGAUGUCAUCAGUACGUUGGGAUUCGGAAAUUCUACUCGAUUUCUCGAAGGGGAGUCGACUGAGGUUGCGAAGAGAGUAUUUGGUGCCAUUGAGCGUGGCGUUGUAGCUAUCGGGCUUCUGCUUCAUGUUCCUUAUUUAUUAACCGUUAUGGAGACUUUCACGUACCACGGUCCUAUGGGAGGUUUCAAUCUAUGGGCAGCAGAAGAGGUUCAAAGGAGAAAAAAGGUUGGCAACCCGAGACCGGAUCUCCUUGGACAUCUUCUGAAGAAUACAAAAGAGGAUGCAAUUGGAAGAGAACUCCUAGAUAAUGAAGCUCGAAUGAUCAUUGGAGCUGGAAGUGAUCCCGCCGCAUCGUCACUUGCAGUUUUGCUUAUUCUCCUUGCAGAAAAUCCUGAAUAUCAAGUGAAGCUUCGAGAAGAAAUUGACCAAGCAUUUGAGAAUAACACAUACGCCUGUGGGAAGCACCUACCUUUACUAGAUGGCAUUAUCAAUGAGUCCUUGCGUUUGUAUCCGUCGGUGAUAUUCCAAAACCAACGCUUAACUCCUCCUGAGGGGUUGACUAUUGGAAGUGUUUACAUUCCAGGUGACACGAUUAUAUGCCUUGGCCCAUAUCAACAGGGACGCGAUAAACGUAACUUCGUUGACCCGGAUGAGUUUAUUCCCGAGCGCUGGACAACGCAGCCUGAGUUAAUUCUGAACCGUACUGGUUUUUUCCCCUUUUCAUUAGGCCACUAUAACUGUGUAGGAAAGACUGUGGCAAUGAUGGAAUUGCGUUCUGUGGUAGCGAGAACUGUCAAAGAUUACGAUAUAAGCUUUCCUGCGGGGGUGAAAUUUGACGGCAAGGAGUUCUUCUCUCGUAUCAUAGAUCAUUUUUCAACUGGUGUCCCACGGCAAGAUGUGGUUUUCACCAAGAGACACGCUUGA